AACCCUUAACAGGCACACUAGAAAUUAAAUGUUUUGCUAGUUUGCUAGUUUUGUUAAUAUCAUGCAAUCGGCGGCUUGAAAAGAGCGUGAAACACCUUAAGAUGAGCACUCCCCGCAAGAACUAUAACAACUUUUCACCUUACUCGCCGCGAGCUGGUCAGUAUCCUUCGCAGUCGGCAGACUACAGGUCGCAGCAAUUCGGUGGACAACAGGCGCCUCCAAACUCAAACUUUGGCUUCUACGAGGACAAGUCCCAGUCAAAUACUCCGCACUUCUACCAAAACAAGUCUCCCCAGGAGACGCAAAGACAUCGGCCCUACGGACAGCGUGGAAAUUUCGGUCGCGGAGGCAACUUUAAUCGCAGGAACCAACCGAACUGGGACCAUAAUCCGAGGAACCAACAAAACAGAGAGGAUAACCAAGGCAGGACCUCCUUCGGACAGUACUUUCACCCCUCUAUGCUGGAGGAUCCCUGGCGGGAUUUGAUGGAUCGCCACGAGGCCAUCCACGGACCCAGCACUGACCAAACCACACCUAAAGAAGUAAAGGCCUCUUAAGUUGUAAGAACUACUAGUUUAAAUAUAAAAAUGUAUAAUUCUAGACAAAGGGCUAGUACAGCGAUUGGGUUGGGUAAAUCCUUAUAGGAUCUAUAUAUAAAAAUAGCUCAUUUAUUAAGAGUGUACUUAUUUAAAGACUACUCAAUAAAUAAGUAGUGCAUACAAAUUGAGUGAUGCAUAAAUCUCUGAACAAAAA